AUGCCCUCCUUCGCAUGUCCCGACUAUUACGAAUGCCUCCAGGCCCAUGGCGGCAACGAGGAUGAAUGUGUGAAGCACGAUCUUUGCCACGGCAAAGGAAACCAUAGCCACCUACCAGAAGUCUCUUCAUCUUCUUCUUCGUCGACUUCCUCUUCUUCUACAUCAUCAUAUUCGUCGCCUUCAUCCUUGUCGCCUUCAUCGUCGUCGACUUCACCGACGCCAGCCACCGCCUCUAUUCUCGACCCCACCCAGGCACCCGGCAGCAGCUAUGACAAUACGGCCACGACGUCAGGGCCCUCGACCGUGUCUUCGCACCAACCUCAUAUCCCUCCUUGGACCAUUGCCUUGAUCAUCGGGGCCGGACUUCACGUUUUGGCAUUCUUUGUGUCGCUCUUCAUCUUCUGCGCAAAGGAGCGGCGAAGACACCAUGAAACGGGCGAGAAGCCAAGCUACACCCGCGCCCUCAAACGCGCCGUCGUUGCCGCGACGGGCAUUGCUGUAAUCGCCUGGCUCGUCAACAAACUGCGCCCGAAGCCCAAGGGGCAGGUCGAGGACGACGCAUACAAGCAGAUCGAGGUGUAUGUCACGCACAAAGAGGCAAACGUCGAAAAGCACCAGCCCCCGGAAUAUGAGGUGCACAGGGCGCCGUCGGUGGCUGCUGUACAGCGGAGCGUCUCCGUGAUCUCGUCACUGUCGGCGCAAAGUCGACGCAGUCAGGAGCGUUACUCGACGAGGUUGGAGCCGAGCCCAGUCUCGGAUACGCCUUCGCCAUUUCGGAUGCCAGAGCGCCCGCCUGGCGUACAGAUGAGGGCUUUGGGUACGGACGUGCGCCAUGGUUGGGAGCGAGGACCGAGGGAUGGGUGA